AUGCCGACCAUUCCAAACAUCGACGAAGACAUGGAGGCUCCCGCUGAGGCAGCCGGUGUUCCCCUUGGAUCAGGCCAACCGGAGAUGCCCGAGCAUAGUGAGCGUGAGGGCUGUGAAGGUGGCAGCGAGGAUGAAGGCGACAUCCACUGCGAUCCAGGUUGCUGCCCAAGCUGCGAGCAGAAGUUUGGAGAGCCAGACAAGGAAGGCAGUUGGUAUGAGCUCAAAGAGUACUUCAAGAAGGACGAGCGAGGCGUCGAGGGCGUUGUGGUGCUUGAUGGGCCGAAGAAAGUCCUUCUGGGGCAUCGCCUCUCUGCCUCUAAGACGACGCAAUCAGAGCAUGCAGACAGGGCUUCCAUGGACGCUGUGCAGCAAGAGGAUGCAGAGAAGUUGAAGAUCCAGGACGAGGAGGCUGCAGCCCUAGCUGAUCGUGAAGAGGAAGAAGAGGCUGAACCUGUGGUGGAUGACGAUGAAGAUGAGAAGGGUAGUUCGGAUGAAGACAACUGGGGCGUGCCCAAGGUGCAGGAAAAGCCCAAACCGAAACCAGGUCGGACUGGGGGUGCCCAGAAACGGCAGAGGGAGAAGCAGGAGGAGGAAGCUUCCAAGACUGUUCCCAAGCAGCAGGCUGUUGAGAGCAUGCCUCCACCGAAGAAUCCAGCCAGGGUUCCAACCACUGUCCCGAAGACUCUGGACAAGCUGAUUUCUCAAUCCAACGCCAUGCUCCAGACUUUGAAGCAAGUGAACCCCUUGCUUGUGUGGCAAAGCCAGUCCAAGCUCAAGGACUGCGAUGUCAAGUUGAACAAGGCCGUUCUAUUCAUCGAGGGGCUCAAAGCGGCUGAGCAAACAGAUGCCUGCCAGAGUGUCCUCAAGGAGCUUUGCAAGUGCACCAAGGAUUUGGACAAUUGGACCAACUUGAUCAACAACCUGAAGCCUAGCUCUCUAGAUGAAGUGUCAGAUGUUCUUGACUUCAUGAACUACAUUGCCGAGAACGAGGGCAAGAUUGCGAAACUACUUGGAAAAUAUCCGCCAGAGUGUGUCAAGCUUGCGAUCUGCGAGCUGGGAAGGCUAUAUGCAGAGGCUUCUGUCAUCGCAGCACCAAUGACAGAUGGCUACCGUUCAGCACUUUACCAGUUCAUCUCGAUGGUUGAGCUGCAGCAGUUCAAGUCCUUCAGCAUCCUCUCCUUUGGCAAAAUUUGUGCUGCUGCCAAGACCUUCGACAACAAAGCGUUGGACGAGAGUUUCUUCUUGGAAUUGCAGUUGUCCAUCUUCAACAGUUGGCUGGACAGGUUGCGGACUAUGCCUGAAGAGGCUUCGCAGCCUUUGCUGAGCCACAUCCCAGACGAGUUCAAGCAGAUCCAAGUUGCUGAAGACAAGUACCGUACCAAUUCUCUUCAGUGUGAAGAUGCAGAGGGUGUGGAGUUCCAGAAUGCCUCUGGCCUUGGGUUGCGAGUCCUGAUGGACUUCCAGAAGCUUGCAGUUUGCAGCACGAUGUUGGCUACUUCGGAUUCCACCUCGGCUGAGCACCUGCGCCCAGAGGAGAAGGGGGACAUCAAGAUGGCAAUUUCCCAGAAGCUUUGGGAGAGUGCCACGACUGUCUCAAAGAAUGUGCUCUCAGAGAAAAAGGCAGCGGAAAUUUCAUCAUCAGUGCUGGACAAUGCAAGGAAGCUCAAUGCGUUCCUGGGUUCUUCUGAAUGCACGCCAUCAGACGAAUUCCUUGCGAUGGUCGACGGGUGCAAAGACCUUCUUGACAUUACAGCCACGUUGGCUUCGAAGGAGGGUGGCGUCCCUGAGCUUGGCCAGGCCCUCAACGACUUGAAAGAGACAAUGAAACAGUUUGGGGUUGAUUCCAUGACCAAGCUCGGAGACUGGUUUGCAAAGCAAUGGCUUUUGGUACCAGAAACAACUGGCUUUGAUGCUGUGGAGAAGGAUAACUUCAGGGCCCUCACCUCAUCUUUGAAGAUCCGAGGCCGCGUUUGCACUUCUGUCUUGAAGGAGGAGCCAGAGACGAACUUGCGCAUGCUUUGGACCAUUGAGAAAGUCGAAGCUUUUUUGAACAAUGAUGAUGAAUCUGAACCCUCCUUGCGGGCUGCCUGGAUUUUGGGCAAAGGCAUCCAUGAUGACUUGCGGGUGGCCAAGAUGUCAGUGUUCCAGAAUGGGCAAUGGGCGAGUCCAUGUGUCCGUGCUAGUCAGAGAUUACAGCAACUGGUGACUCAGAAAGGACCGGGCAUUGUGACCAAGAUUCUCCAAGAACAGACGGAAGAGAGCGUGAAGACUGCACAGUGCCUACUGGCAGGCUUGGAGGGCUUGAGCGGCCGCCUUCCUCACAUCAAGUCGAUUUUGGAGGACUUGGGAAACCUUGAUGCCUAUGCCAGCAUGGAGGCCCCAAAAGACUUGGUGCAGGUUUGCAAGGAUGUCUCCGCAAUCGUCAAGGCUGUUGGCUAUGACAUGGAGAUCCUCGAAGCACUCAAGCCGGAUGCGAAGUCAAAGAUUGUGCUGUACUUGGAUCAGGUGAAAAAAGCACUGGACACGAUCAUCGGGGACAUCGAGAAGGAUGCAGCAACAUGGGAAAAGCUGGUCUUGCGUUACAAGCCAGUGCUUAGUGCAGCAGAGAUGUGGCAGCCGGAGAAGAUCGCCGAGCUGUCUUGGAUGUUUGCUGGGGAUGCCGCAGUAGACAAGGAGACCAAGGAGCUCAACGUCGUGAGUGCGCAGGUUGUCUCGACAAUGAUGGCAAUGGAAGUGGUGAUCAAUCCUGACAAGUACCCUGACAAGCUGGCAUCUUCCAGACAAGUUUGCAGCUUCAUCAGCAGGAAGCUUGGAUUGAGCAAGCACGACCUGACUCCGCUCCUCAUGGCCAAAUUUGAUGACUUGGUUGCUGCUGCUCCGUCUGAAGUGCCACAGAAUGCUGAUUCAGCAAAGCAGAAGCGCAGGCGUCAAAGUGAAGCGCCAGAUCCAAAGGUUUCGGAGGGCCCUCAAAAGCGCGUAGAUCUUUGCUUGCAGCCUGUUGGCAUUCCAGCAGGUGACUUCCGCUUGGAGCUUGCCAGCAUCAAGGGCCUCAAGCCAUAUCGCACACCCGAUGGCCGAGGGCGCAUGGACCUGGAGGACGAGGUUCAGGUGCAGAAGCGCCUGCGACAAGAAGCAGAAGAUUCGUUGGCGGAGGUGGAGCGCCGCCUGGGGUCCAUCGAAGUGGAGCAGAAGAAGAUCUGCCGCGGGACCUGGACGAACGGCCUGGUGGAAACAGACCGUGCCAAACAACGAGCUGAGAACCUGCAGCUCAGGGAGGAGAUCCUGGACUUAACAGCCAAGCUCGAAGUGGAACGUUAUCGGGUCCGCAAACUCGAAGGUGGGACAGCGGCCGCGGCCAGCUCAGCUCACACGGUCGAAGCACGCGGUUUGGGCUCGCACGAGGCGUCCGGACUCAGUCCGACAGCGGGUCCCGAGUCGAAGCGAUUGAGACUUCAUGCGGAGGCGACACCGGCCCGAGAGCAGUCGGAUCUCAUGGCGCUGAGGACGCUCCUAAGUACCACCAUGCGGGAGCGAGAUGAGGCGCUCGAGAAGGCACUGCGCUUGCAGCGAGUGAAUCGCUCGGUGGAGGAGCUUCACCAACUGCUGGAGAAGGCCAUGCAAGACCGAGAACGGGUCAACCUCAUCUACAAAGAAAUUCAGAAGAACCCCCAUCUCCAGGGCCCAGCUGGAGCGCCGUCGACGGGGCUCUCCAGUGUUUUGGCGGUGGCGGAGAUGGAAGGAGAUCGGUUGGGGGAAGAGAGCGAUCCGAAGCCCGGGCCAGAUCCAGCCACUGAACACCUACCCCCCAAAAUGGACAAGACCAGAAGCCCUCCAGCUGCCUCCGGCCCUCCCCGGCGUGCUUACCCGCCCUGGGUGGCGCCGUGCCCAGCACCUGGACCUGCAGCUCCUGCAGGUCCCGCCUUGGGCGGGCCCAGGCUCCAAGCACCGGGCUCACCGGUGGAACCAUUGGGCCGAGCGCAGCCGGGCCCAGCUGCACGAGCACCCCCUCGAUCCGAGCCACAUGAGCCAAGGCGUCCAGAAGCACCGGGCCGGGCACCAGAACGCCCGACCCCGCUGCGCACUGAAAAGCCACCAGAGUGCAAUUUGCCUGGGCCAGGAGCUCUUGAGAUGAGGGCAGAGGUGCAAAUAUCCCAAGAGCCGACACUCCACGCGGUCACGGCAUCCGUUCACGGCGUCCCACGUCCGACGGAAGAGUUGCCCACUGGGCCCGCUGUGCUCUCCAACUCUGUGGGCGGUAUGCCGGCUAGAAGUCGACAGCUCGCGGGCAUGUGUGAGCCGAAUUCGGAGGAGAAGGUCUAUCAGGUGUCGGACCUCUUGCGGAUGCGCAUGGUCAUGGCUGCUGCAACUUGGAACGUCCGGGAAGAUCCUGCCGCGGAGGAGGAGCACCCGGGCAUCCAGGUGCGCGAGGUGUCCGACGUGCUGCCGCGGCGCAGUCAGCGGAAGACGGAGAAGAGGAAGAAAUCCAAGGCCUCUGACACGCCGGAGGUCCAUUGUCCCAGUGUGCAGAGCUGGAAGGUGCAGCUGCGGCGGGCGGCCUUGGCCAAGCAACACUUGGAGUCCUCCAAGUCCGGGGCAUGGCACAUCGCCAAGGUCCAGGACCUGAAAUCCAUCAACUUCCUCCUUGAUCACAUGAAGCAGGCAGUGGAGGAACACCUCCAACGGCAGGCUGCAAGAGUCAUCCUGCGUCGAUAUCGCCACUACAAGCAUCGACUGAAGCAACGCCUCCGGGAGGCCGAGAAGCAAGAACGACAAAAGCCUCAGACUGAAGCGUUGAGAGAGGAGAUGAGGAAGUUGUCUGAAGAGCGCCGGAAGCAACAAGAGCAGCUGGAGGAGCAGCGUGCGGCGCGCGCCACUGCGGAAGCCCUGCGCGAGACGCUGGUCGAGCACAGCAAGGUUGAGGUGAUGCCCUUUGCAACGACGGGAGCUUCAGCUUUGGGAGCCACAUCAACAUCAUCUCAAGUCCUUGAUGGAGAAGAUGAGGAUGCUGACUCAGUGGGCAGUUCCUUCCAUGAGAGCUCCAUGGUGGAAGAGGUGGACGGUAAAAGCUUGCUCCAGCAGAGGCCGCCGGUCGAUGGCGCCACGGGAGCCGAGGGAGCUGAGAAAAGGCUCACAAAGGAGACCUUGGAAGCGAAAGAAGAAGGCCAAAAGAUCUUGGAGCUGGUCCACACCGAAGAUUUUGCCCUGGAACGCUUCUUCAACCAGCUGGACACCACACCAACCUGCGCGUUGCCGGCUGCGUGCGCGUUGCCGGAGUUACCCGCACCGCGGCCCGAGUGCCCGCGCAGCACCAACGCAAAUGACCUGGAGGCAGAGAGUCAAACGUCGGAUGGGAGAGAUGCCGACACAUCCGAAUCGAAGAGGUCCUUAAGGGAGCAGAUGCGGGCCUUAGCAGAGCAGAGACAAGCAGAGAUGGCCAAGCAACAAAGGGCCGAUGCCCUGAGGCGGCUUCGACGGAAGGUGGGCCCCAAACCCUCCGAGGAAACGCUCUCGGGUCUACUGAGCCGAUGCCAAGGUGAUGUGAGCCGAGCGGCCAGUGCGUUCUUCAACGGCUAUGUCUAUGCCUAG